AACUUCCACAGCUGAUCAGCUGAUUACAGGCUCAGGAUUGUAAGGAAACGUGGAAGAAAGUCUAAAAUUUUGAGAAAAAAAUCGAGAAAUUUGGCCCAAACAUAAACCAGUACGCCAUGCCAGUCGCAGUUGCUGAUACAGAGGAGAAGCCAAGUUGGGCUGAUUUGGUUGAAGAAGCUGGUGAGACUGGAAGUACAGGUCAAAUUCCMCCUCGCACAGAAGUUGAAGAAGGUGACAAAAAAAUAGUUACCCAAUACAGGAGAAAUGAGGAGGGAAAACUUCUAAAGGUUGUAACAACUUACAGAAUAGAAACUAUUAGAGUAGCCAAAGACAUAGCAUUAAGAAAGCAAUGGCGGAAGUUUGGAGACUGUGAAAAAGAUAAACCUGGACCAGACUCCUCAACAACCAUCAUUGGUGACGAUGUGUUCCUGACACUGAGCUCAAGUAAAGAGAACCCAGAUGCUCCAGAGGAUGAUCCACUAAAGAAGCUGUCGGGACAGAAGAUUGUCAGCUGUCGUAUCUGUAAAGGAGACCAUUGGACCACCAAGUGUCCUUAUAAAGAUCAGUUGGAGGUCAUCCAACAACAGCUGAAAGAAGAAGAAGCAGGACUGCCUGGAACACCACCAUCAGAACCAGCAAAUCCCCAGCCUAUGAACACUACAGGAAAAUACAUUGCUCCUGGGUUACGAGAUGGCGGAGCAAACAGACGAGGGGAAACCAUGCCACACUCUCAAAGAGAUGAAAAUGCUACAAUAAGAGUUACCAAUUUAUCUGAAGAAACGAGAGAGUCGGAUCUACAAGAGCUGUUCCGUCCAUUUGGCCCAAUAUCAAGAAUAUUCUUAGCCAAGGAUAAAUUCACCAACCAGUCUAAGGGAUUUGCUUUCAUCAAUUUUGUUUACCGUGACGAUGCAGCGAGAGCCAUACAGAGCCUGAGAGGUUUUGGAUAUGAUCACUUGAUUCUCAACGUUGAAUGGGCCAAACCAUCAACCACGCAAUAAACGUCAGUCCCAGCCAACCCUAAUAUUGGACUGAUAGACACCUGUCAGUCAAACAAUACCUAGAUCACUUACCAGUAAAAUAUACCCUAUGAAAAUAACCCCCAUAAUAAAUAAUCUUGAUGUGAAGGAA